AAGCUAGAGAAUAUCUUGAUAAGCCUGCAAUACAUGAGACAAUGGUGAAGGUAUGUAGAUUAUAUCUUAUAUUUCCUACACAAAUAUAGACAACUAUAUGCUGAUGUCAUUAUGCAGGUUAGCGCUUAUCUGCUUGGAGAAUACAGCCAUCUUUUGGCCAGACGACCUGGUUGUAGCCCAAAGGACAUUUUUGUCAUUAUACAUGAGAAACUUCCUACUGUAUCGACUCCAACAAUAUCCAAUCUUCUCUCAACAUACGCAAAGAUUUUGAUGCACUCUCAACCACCAGAUCCCGAAUUACAAAACCAGAUCUGGGCAAUAUUCAGCAAAUAUGAAACAUGCAUUGAUACUGAGAUACAACAAAGAGCUGUGGAGUAUUUUGCAUUGAGUAGGAAAGGUGAAGCCCUGAUGGAUAUAUUAGCAGAAAUGCCAAAGUUCCCUGAACGUGAGGUAUAUUUAAGCGUAGGGUUUUAAUUGAUUGAUUGAU